AUGGGCAGUCUCUGCGGCAAGCCCUCCGCGAACUUCAGCUCUCCGGGGCGAGUGCUUGGGUCCGCACCCCCCGCGGCAGCAGCAACCGCGCCCGUUCCGCCAGCGGCAGCACAGAAGCCCAGGAUCCGCGGGCAGGGCCACACAUUAGCUCCCGCAUCGCCCGCGUCGUCGUCGGCCGGCGGCAGCGGGGCGGGAGAUGCAAGGAGCGCUGCGGCGGCGGCGGCAGAGGCGCGGAAUUCGAAGCAGGCGACAGGCAAGCUGGGAAAUCGCCUGGAUGAGCAGAAGCGCAAGACGCAGAACCAGCAUCUGGCCGAGAUUGCAAAAACGAAGGCGCAGCAGGAGCAGUUGGUGUGGGAUUGA